AUGAUUGUGACAGAUCCAUCGCUGACACCACGCUCAGACCGACUGCCGACUGUCUCCGCAGCACAGGCGCUCGAGGACCUGGAUGCCAAUGUUUCGAGAUUUGUAUCGACCAAUCUUCCUGACUUGGACAAGGCCUUAGCAGCCGGCGCUUCCAGCUCGCCGGACGGUGAAGUGGAUGCCGGUGGUAUACAGAAGGGCCACCUCACCGAGAUCUGGGGCCCUCCUGGUGUGGGGAAGACUGCGUUCGGGAUCCAGGCCGCUGCAGACGUGCUACGUGAUGGCAAAGGUGUCCUCUGGGUAGACUGCUUCUAUCCCGUAUCCCGCGAGCGCUUGACGGAGGUCUGCCGAGCCAGAGAAGCUGGCGGUGAGGAUGCCGCAUCAGACCACCUCGACAAAUUUGUCCAAUAUUCCUGCCCGUCUAUGUCCUCCAAGCGACUGCAGGUGCUUCAGUAUGUAGUCAGUGCCUUACAGAAGCUAGCUGCGACUCGUGAUGCUGCAGUAGUCGUCCUCACGCAAUGUGCCACAAGGAUGCAGGCGGAAAAGGGAGCAACUCUGAUACCUGCCGUCAACGCUAGCGUCUGGGAACAAGGCAUCGCCACGAGAUUGGCGCUGCUAAGAGACUGGAUGUGGAACGACGGCCACCCAUACGGGGCUCGCCUUGCCGCAGUGCAGAAAGUAAAUGGCAAGAUCGCUUCAGAUGGUCUAGACCAGGUCUUCGCCUUCAGUAUCGACUCAACGGGCUUGAGUCCGGCGCACUUUGAUGGACAUGCCGCAUCUUCCACAACUUCUGGCCCCAAGCGAAAGCUAGACGAGACGGGCUUCGAAGUCCCAGACAGCGAAGAUGAAGAUUACGGGUGGCAGGAGAAGGACAGCAGCCUCCUACCAGGGAUGCCACCACAGUGGCAAGGCAGUGAGGACCUGAUCCUUGGGCAAAACCAUGAGACCGAACGUGACAGCGAUGUCGAAGCCUCCGAGCUCGAAGACGACCGUCCACCUAAUAAUGAAGAGUAA